CGGCUGGUCUGAGAAUUGGCCAAAAGGGAUGGCCUCUCGGGGGCGUGUCCUGCUCAGGCCCCGCCCCCGAGGCGUCGGCACGUCGUUCCGUCCUCCCGCUCGCCGCUUAGCUUCUGAGGCAGCCGCAACUGAAGGAGUCACUGCGGGGAGAGCUGACUAGGCGACUGACCAACGGGUGGAGCGGACCCGUGGCCGAACUGAGUAAGGGUAGCAAGAACCACUUUGCAGCAAUGUCAGCAGAAGUAGAGACUUCUGAAGGGGUAGAUGAUUCGGAGAGAAAGAACCCUGUGGCCCAAGAAAAGGAAAACCAUAUCAGAAUGGCUGACCUCUCCGAGCUCCUGAAGGAAGGGACCAAGGAAGCACAUGACCGGGCAGAAAACACCCAGUUUGUCAAGGACUUCUUGAAAGGCAACAUUAAGAAGGAGCUAUUUAAGCUGGCCACAGCUGCACUUUACUUCACAUAUUCAGCCCUCGAGGAGGAAAUGGACCGCAACAAGGACCACCCAGUCUUCACCCCCUUGUAUUUCCCCAUGGAACUGCACCGGAAGGAAGCACUGACAAAGGACAUGGAGUAUUUCUUUGGUGAAAACUGGGAGGAGCAGGUGAUGUGCUCUGAGGCUACCCAGAAGUAUGUGGAGCGGAUCCACUAUGUGGGGCAAAAUGAGCCAGAGUUGCUUGUGGCCCAUACAUAUACCCGCUAUAUGGGGGACCUUUCAGGAGGACAGGUGCUGAAGAAAGUGGCCCAGCGGGCCCUGAAGCUCCCCAGCACAGGGGAAGGGACCCAGUUCUACCAUUUUGAGAAGGUGGACAAUGCCCAGCAGUUCAAGCAGUUCUACCGGGCCAGGAUGAAUGCCCUGGAUCUGAGCCUGAAGACCAAAGAGAGAAUUGUGGAGGAAGCUAACAAGGCCUUUGAGUACAACAUGCAGAUAUUCGAUGAACUGGACCAGGCUGGCUCCGCACUGGCCAGAGACACCCUGGAGGAUGGGUUCCCUGUGCAUGAUGGGAAGGGAGACAUGCGUAAAUGCCCCUUCUAUACUGGUCAACAAGACACAGGUGCCCUGGAGGGCAACAGCUGCCCCUUCCAAAAAGCCAUGACUGUGUUGAGGAAGCCCAACAACCUCCAGUUAAUUCUGGCCACCAGUGUGGCCUUAGCUGCUGGACUCUUGGCCUGGUACUACAUCUGAAGGAUCUGUUAUGCCAUGUGGCACUCUCUUCCCAAGUAACCACAGCGACCCCUAUCUCCACUUCUUGACUACCACCUCAGGUGACUUUUUAAAAUUCUGGGUUUGAGAAAACAACCAAUAAAAGCCAGAUGCUAGAGCCUCUGCCUGAUGGCAUCUUCUCCAUAGGCUAAAUACACAGCACAGCAGGGCAGGGCAGGGCUGGCCUGGGCCUCUGAAUCAGCUCUGCUCCAAGCUGUUGAACCUCUUGGGCCCCAGACACAUUCUCAACUUUCUUUUCUUCACAGUAUCUGGGGAGCUAUCCUUGCCCUAUUGAGAGUGAGCAUCCAGCAUGAGAAGGUUCAGGGGUUGGGGUAUCUUGCCAAAUGGUGCCACUCAAUUUCUAGAGCUCUUAGGAGCUUGGGGGUGGUCCAUGGGGGUGGGCAGAAGCCAGGCUCCUCUCCCUCUGAGGUCCUAGAAAUUCAUCCCUCUCAACUGGGACCCUUAAGAGGUCUACUAACCUGGGCUGUCCCCUCCUGACCUGUAUAAAUGCUACAACACUCAAUAAAAUGGACUCUGCACGUC